AUGAGUAAUAUUCGCGACGCAGUGCGGCGCAAGAGUGUGGGGUUGAGCUUUACCACCAACUUUAGCAUCUUCAGCCGCAGCACCAGCUCCACAGGCGAGGACGAUCGAUCGGAACACGAAGGCGAUGACGAUAUUGACGAAUCGGAAAACAGCCAACAUGACCGCUUACGACAAAAUUCAACGCCGCGCGACGAUGAUGCAGACAGCAGUCCAUCGUCUACGGUGAUAUCUCGCAACUCGUACGUAGAGCCACCAGAACCACCUCUGCCGCCUCCUGGUGGUUUGCUUGAAGCAGCCACCAAAAAUGUGCAGGGAAAGAUGCAGACUCUCAUGGAAACACUUCACGAAGUUACUACGUCUCACGACGAUGAAACGAUCCAGUGCAGUGUUUUUCAGUCAAGAACGGCCUUAUUUUCCGAUCGACUUGCAGUAUUCAUUGGUGAUAGUGAUGGAAGUCCUGCCGGUAUUUGGAGUGCACGACUUUGUGUUCGGUCGGGAUCCGAGGGUGGUGGAAUUUUUAAAGGUAGUUUGGGGUCGAUGCUACCUUAUGUUAUGAAGGCGAAGGAAGACAAGUUAGGCAUCAUUCUGUUUGACGACAUUUUUAAGGAUUUGAAUCGGUCCGGAGAAAUUGAUAUGAGGGGCGCAGUACAGCGAUUUAUGACGGGUUGGCGCAAUCAUGUACUGACUUCUCGAGCUACCCAUGUGUUUAUCGUGGCAUAUCGGGAUGGUGGAAAUCUUUUACUUGAAGCUUUGCGGUCACACAUGAAAGAAAUGCAGCGUCACAUUAGUGGGGUCGUCUUUUUGCAGUCAACGCACCACAUUUCGUCAGAUGAUUCGUACACAUUGCGAAAAAUGGUUGCACAAUGGUGCCUGGCCUACUUAUCCUCACCAGAAGGUGUGCAGGCGCUGAAGCGCAUGAAGUCAAGAGAGACACCUUUAGGCUGUGUUGUUUUGUCAGGAGGCCGAGCGGAUUCGGAUGUGGAUUUGCUCCAGACGGUUGUUGCUUCGGUUUUCGCAAGCUUUAAAGCAAGAUGGUCAGGAUUUCGUGUAAAAAAUGUAAACAGCGGCAUGGAAAAGGCCUGCUACUUGUGCAAAGGUGUAUUCAAUAUGCGUCGUUGGCGCCGUCAUUGUCGAACGUGUCAAAACCCGUGCUGUGAAAAGUGCUCGACGGUCGAAAACACGCGACACGAGGGUCAGGUGCGUCUUUGUUUGACGUGCCGCGCACUGCCUUCACUCAUUCACUGGUCGCGACCUCGUGCUGUUCGCACGGGAGAGAAAGAGAGUGUAUUUAGUGGAUCGGCAAAACCUGGCAAGAUGUCCGUGAAUGACUUUGAGCUUGUGACUGUAAUUGGCCGUGGUGCUUGCGGCAAGGUUCUUUUGGUCUUAAAGAAGGAUGGUGCAGAUGCUGGUCACUUAUACGCGAUGAAGGUUUUGAAAAAGGAUUGGGUAAUGAACAAAGAUUUAGUCACGCAGACGAUGGCAGAGCGCCGCAUCUUGCAGGAGGCCAACCACCCGUACAUUGUCCAAUUGAAGUAUGCGUUCCAGAACCAAGACAAGCUGUACAUGGUGAUGGAGUAUUACAGCGGUGGAUCACUUCGUCAAGUGCUGCGUCGCCGGGGUCGCUUUAGUAUCAAGCGUGCACGAUUCUACUUGGGCGAGAUUCUUCUCGCGAUUGCGCACCUGCACGCGUCAAACAUUUUGUACCGAGAUUUAAAAUUGGAAAACAUCGUGAUCACUGCGGAUGGUAAUGUAGCGUGUACGGACUUUGGUCUAUCAAAGGAGGAAAUGGAUGACAAUGAAAGGACAAGCUCUUUUGUUGGCACGUGCGAGUACUUGGCACCCGAACUGAUAAUGAAGGAGGGCUACGGCAAGGCCGUAGACUGGUGGGCACUUGGCAUCUUGGCAUAUGAGAUGAUUCAAGGCGACUCGCCGUUUCGUCACAAUGUUCCUACUAUUUUGUUCGACAAAAUCCUGAAGGAGGAACCUGAGUUUAGUGACCGCUUUACUCCUGAAGCUGAAGAUCUGAUAAUGAAACUGCUUACAAAAGACCCCCAGCACCGUCUGGGGUGCGGACCUGACGGUGUGGAAGAGAUCAAGCAGCAUCCGUUUUUCUCAGAAAUCGACUGGGACAAGCUACUACGCAGCGAGAUGGAAGUCCCUCGCCCUCCACAUCGCAUGGAGGACGUGACGGACGAAAGCCACCUCUCUCGCGCAAUCGCCAAGAUGCGCGAGGCACGUGAAGAGAUUAUGCCGGACUCGCCGGUUUCGCUGCCUUCCUCCCCGUCUGAGCAGAAGCACUUCGACCGCUUUUCAUAUCAGGGACUGGGCGACUGGAAGCCGGAGAUGGCUGACAUGGAUUUUGAUGAGGAGACUGGUGAUUUCAGGCAGGGCACGAUUCACGAAGACGAAGAGUAUCUUGAAGAAGACUAUGCUGAGGAGUCGGGUGAUGGCGAUGGGGUCCCUUUGUCCCCUGGUUCUACUAAAAAAAUUUCCAUGACAUCCUCGAAGGCGUCUCCGUCCAAGCUUAAUGGCUCGGAUACCCCUCCAGCUUCCAGCUCAGCUGCGUCGGCAUCUCCAAGGAGUCCUCAGAGCGCGGGCAGCCCUGGCAGCCCGCCACUGGCAUCUAUGAGCCCUUGCAGCCCGAAAUACAUAGCAAACCUUAAGCGUUCUCGGCAAGCAUUAGGGUUAACUAAUCAGACUCUUUUUGCGCGCCCUUUUGUGGUUCCAGAUCUUGAUAGGGAUGCAAUAGUGAUUUCUAACUCUACAAGCCCAACGAAUAUAUAUUUCGUUAUGCCUGAAAUCGUAAUAUUACCAAUGUUAUUGCACAAAUGA